CAAUACGAACGUUACGGGUUGUCACAGGGCCGGAUUUCGCGUAGGGUAAAAGAACCCCAUAUCCUGAAUUGACAGUUAUGAACUCGAUGCAGCGGGUGCAAUCUUCUCGAAAACCGUUGAUCUCGAACCUUUUUUAAGUUAUGCUCGCUCUAAGUCUGCCAAUAGCCGUGGGUUGCCAUCGCCGGUGAUUUUCAUGAGCAGUGCGCAUCAGCUCGCCCAAAAGUUGUGCACGAUGUAGCACAAUCCCCAGGCUCGGUGAAUCUUGCCGUCAAAUAUCCCGAGCGUAGUUGUUCUUUUUCUAAUUUGAGAAUCACCGUGGAUUCCUACAGUGGCAAGUUAGGUAAGUUGCGUGGGCAGUGGAGCUUGCAAAGGAUUGAGAAAUGUUGUGCUCUGCCUUCAAUUAGUUAUGUACUCCGUGUACUGGAUUAUACCCGAUGUCCAAGCUGUACACACUCUCCUCGACUCGAGAGCUGUACAACUUGCUCCGAGGCAGCGUCAUGGUUUUUCUGGCUCACAAAUACCUGUCACAGGAACUUUCACGUUUUGCCGCUGAAAGUUGCGCCCGGUCAUUUAUGGAGCUUCCGGCGAUGGAAAGAAACCCCGGCUGCAACCACAGUUUCCCCCAGUCUGAAGCUAUCUUGCCGUCGAAAGUGGCCGACCACCUGUAGAGGAAACCUGUACUCUCCGAGGCAAGCAUUGUAUGUAAUACUUUUCUUUAUACACUAGAAUGAUAAAUCGAACAACGAGACGAAGGGCGUGAGCAACACCACAGCUGAAAGCGAGUGUGUCUCUUAAAGGGACGUUGGAAGGAGAACGGGCGUGUUGCAUGGGGGACAUCGACAUAGGCUUCAUUAUGGAUGGAUAUGUUAGUCGACUGACUGUUAAACACCGAGAAUUGAAUUUCCAUCUCCUUGCCAAGUACAAGCUCGGAGGGUUGUAAUCAUUAGUGUCGAUUGUCACUUGACAACAUCGAGGCGUGCCUCAAAUGAUUGACACUUUCACAUCUGCAUGCACAACCCCAAAAGAUGUUUGUUUUUAAAGAACAGUUUGAGACCAUACCACAGAAGUAAUUAAUGUGAGACGAGAGUGCAUCAAAAUUUGGUACCCUCCUAUUCCUCUUUGGUUCAAUGUAGUGAAGUGUGAUAAUCUAAGCAGCC